CUGAGGAGAUUUACCCGGUCUAGGUCAUACUUUGUGUUCUUGUUGUGUGUUUUAUAUUACGGGUCGAGUGUGUCCAUGUCAAACCCGGUUCACCCACCCAGCUAUAUUUACACCAUCAUUUUUGGCGCCACCCGUGGGACCGAUUUUUAAUGUUUUUUCGACCAGGUCAAAACUUUACCCCCACUAAAUAUCCACAAUCAUGUCUUCGAGCAACUACAACGCUGUGUCAAGUCAGGCUGCGAGUGAAAGCACUCCUGCCAUCCCAUUGAUGAUGUCGAGCAUGGGGACGACCUUUGCUCCGAUCACCACUGUAGGAUCGAUUGGCAUGAUCCCAAUCAUCUCAACCCCUACUCCUACGCCGACGACAACAAUGUUCCCAGGUUCGAUAACAACGCCUGGUGGAGCAUUCACACCAUACCCAUCAGCUUGGGCUCAAUUUGCUGCUGACCCGGCAAAUGCUCAGGCUCUACAGGGCUAUCAACAAGUGAUGGCCAUGGUGCAACAGGCAGGGGGCUUCAUGCCAUUUUCCUAUCCCGGCAUGACGCCACCAAUCAUGCCACCUCCGGUGUCGACCCCGUCGACAUUUGUCCCUAGGAUGGUCCCUAUACAUCCGGUGAAUCUGACGGGGACCAUGAAUGAAGCAGCGCCCUCAAACGUCCAUGAAAUUGAUGAGGCGGAGCAAGAGGCGGCCUGCAGGAGGAAGGGUAAAGCUAUAGCCAAACCCAGCAAGACUCGAGAUUCGGCGUUCAAACGCCUAGGGGACAAGGAGGAUGGACCCCGCAAGUCUGCCAAGCUACGUCUUGGUCCUGAGAUGGGCCGGACUAGCGCAAUGGAAAGACUCGGCGGGAGUCGUCACGCCCAAUCUCAUCGUUCUAGGGAAUCUGAGACGAUUCACCGAGACGAGGAGGAAGCAGAAAGCCAGCCGAGGGCGUCGGCAUAUACCAGGCUCUCAUACGAUGAGGAUGACCUGGACAAGAUAGGGAGCGUAGCAAGGAAACUACGUGCCCUGGAGGAAAAGGUGGAAGAGAAGGAGGGAGCGAAAAAACACACCUUGGCUAAAUCUCCCUUUUCGGCCAGGGAUNUUUUCCGCAAGAAGUACCAGGACAAUUGCAUCAAGAGGAAGAAGUUCACCUACCUUAACACGGUAGGGCAGAAGGAGAAGGAGUCCUUGACUCAAUUCUUGACCCGUUGGAGGGAUGAGGUCGACAAGGAGUAUGCCGACGCGGAGGUCUUGAAUAAGAGCAAGCGGGAAUUGGAGGAAGGAUAUACAAAGGUGAAAUCCGACAAGCUGAAGAAGGACGACCAGAUGGGAAGGUCUAAGCCAAAGGCCACAUAUGACGGAUCUGUCCAUCAAAUAAGGGAUGAGAAGAAGGGAGAACAACCCAAGAGGCCUUGGACGGAGAAGUGGUGUACCUACCACCAAUCUGACUCCCACAAUACGGUGGAUUGCCGAAAUGUCAAGGCUGUGCUCAAGGAGAUGGCCUUGAAAGGAGAGCUUGGGGAAGGUUACGCGACGGGGAAUAAGAAGGACCCGAAAGCGAACACCUGGACCCAUCCUCAGGGAAAAGACCAGGGAAGGAGAAAAUCCGGGAAGGAUAACAACAAUCCGGAUAAAGAAUUCAUAGAGAUGAUUGUCGGCGGCCCAGAAGGGAAGCACGCAAGGAGGGAACCUAUCACUUUCACUGAUAAGGAUCUUCCCAGGACGGGGGGAGAUCAUAAUGACCCUCUGGUCAUUACAAUGGAUAUCAAUGGAGCUGAUGUGGCCAGGGUCCUGGUUGACACAGGAAGCAGUGUCAAUGUUUUAUACUUGGGUGCUUUCAAGAAAUUGAAGCUUGACAGAUCCAUGUUGAGGCCAUUGCAAACUCCAUUGUCAGGCUUCACUGGAGCUAGCAUAGAAGCGGAAGGUCAGAUAACCUUACAGGUUACCUUGAGGUCAGGUAACAGGACAGUGACCAAACAAAUGAGAUUUGUUGUGGUCGACAUCAAAUGUGUGCAUAAUGCCAUUCUGGGUAGGCCUGGAAUCAACCAGGUCAGGGCUAUUAUUUCCAUGGCACACUUAUGCAUGAAGUUUUACACUCCCAAUGGAAUCGGGGAGGAAAGGGGUGAUCAAAAGAACUCCCGGUCCUGCUACCUGGUAGCAGUCAAGAAGAUGACCCGCCAGUUCGAACAAAUUGAACUGGUCUCCCAGCAAGUAGACAAGGGUGAGGAGGAGGCUAGGAUUGAGCCGGAUGCAAACACGGAGGAGAUCCAGAUUGAUGCCUCCAAUCCUGAGAGGAAGGUUAAAAUUGGGGCUGAUCUUCAGGAAGAGUUAAGGACUGAGAUUGUCCAGGUGUUGACCAGGUAUAAAUCAUUAUUUGCUUGGAGUGUUGCUGAUAUGCCCGGAAUUGACCGGUCAGUCAUUUGCCAUCGUCUCUCUGUUCUUGAGGGGUCUAGGCCUGUAAGACAGAAGAAAAGAUUCUUGGCAAGUGAUAGGAGGAAUUUUGUGAAAAAGGAGGUUAAGGACCUACUUGAGAGGCCCAUCUAUUAUGUAAGCAAGGCCUUAAAUGGGGCAGAAAGUAGGUACACUCCUACGGAGAAGGCAGUGUAACACCCCAACCCGCGAAACCCGAACUGACGAGUUAGCGUAUCGGGUUGUUACUAAUUUGGUAUUCACAUGCACAAUUUUUCUAAAAACAUUUAAAAUAAAACAUUCGAUCAUAUUUAUUUAAGAACAAAUCAUGGUUUAAUCGGAGUAAAUAAUUCAAACAUUGCGGAAGCCUUAAAAAAACAACAUUCAACAUUCUAGUAAUUUAAGUAAACAAAUUCAACAACUAUAUUAAAUUUAAAUAAAACAGCUUCGGUCAUCCACCAGCGUCACGCUUCACUGUCCUCCAGGCUGCUCCUCAUCCAAACCUUGAUCCCUACCUGUAAAAAAUAGGGAGAGUGGAAGUAUCUAACGCUAAAACUAACUCAUAGACUAGCACUCAUUAAUAUAUAAUCAAACAAUAUCAGAUGAAUCACCAAAUAUCAUUAUCCAAUUGUACCACUAUUUCCUCUUAUAAUUCAGUUUAGUUCUUGCGCAUACUCACUCCAUCUGCCUGCUAGAUAUAAUCCAAUUCUUACUUACGGGAGUAAUGGAAUCCAGGCUCUCGCCCAAACCCACACUCAUAACUCCAAAGUUCUCACAAUGGAGGGGGUUGAGGCCCCCGCUGGCUCUCGCCAGGGGUCAAUGACCACCGUGCGCACGUUUUUAACCCUCGAGACCACCAGGUGUACGCCGUCACCUGCAUGACCUUAAUUUCUAAUCUCAAUCCUAUUUGUGAUUUUCAAUAUACAAUUCAACUCAGCUCUGAAUUAUUUCAUAACAUAUAAUUAUCACAAGUCCUCAAGUUAUCAAAUUUAGAUUACUUACUAGUCAUACCAAAUCUUCCUCUAGAGUAUCAUGAAUGGGCCAGAUUAUAAUUAAUUUGAAAGCAUGGGGCCAAAUCCGAAUCGUAAACCUAAAACUCUAGUUCCUUAAUUGGAAAUAGUCAAUCCGUUGCCCCUGCGUAUCUUCUUCUUUUUUUUUAUCCCGUAGCAUUCCGAUCGGCAGAGGCGGCAAAGCUCAGCUACGAACGUCAGCGGCUAAACGACAUCCCGGAAGUAGAGCAACGUACAGAGCAAAGGGGAAGCCUCCUGUUCCCAACUCCGGCGACAGGGAAACAGGGCAGCGUAGAAUAGAAAGGAGUAGAUGGGGUCGAGAUAGAAGACGAACAUGGUGCAGAGUAAAACAAUUUUUUUGCAAUUAGAUUUAGCAUAUUCAAUAUUCAAAAUCGCAAAUCCAGCGCCAAUUGAUUGAAAACAUAUUAACGAAUCCUAAUCUAUGAAUUAAUUUUAACGGGAGAUAAAUCACUCACCUCAAUGGAAUUGAUGAAGAAAUCACAAAUAAUUCCCACCUAGAUUCCGGCGGAAGCUCCGGCGAAGUUCUCUCUCCCGGCGACGUCUCAGGCAGCUUGAUCGACGAACUCCCUUGGUUUCGUCGCCAAUGGAGAAGAAGAAGAGUCGUGAUGCAGGUUGGAAU